AUGUUGCUUCUAGUUUUCGCCAAUCCCACCAUGCAAGCAUCUCAUAAACAAUCCAAUAACUCAACUUCUAUGUUUGUGCAAUCUUUAUUGAAUUCCAAGAAAGGUGAUGAAGUGAUGGGACUUCAUCGCAUUAAGCAAUAUCUCGUAAAGUAUGGCUAUCUGAGUCCGUCCCAUGUUCACACCGAUACAAACAAUGAGGGAAAUUUCGAUGAUGCCCUAGAGGAAGCAGUGAAGAAAUACCAGGUUUUUUUUCACCUAAAUGUAUCGGGAGUCCUAGAUUCAAAAACAUUGUCUCUAAUGGAUACCUCUCGUUGUGGGAAUUCAGAUCAUACACACGUUGAGAAAUACCAACACCACUUUCACGGAACCAACAUAACUAAUUCAUUUUAUUUGCCAUCAAAUAAAAAGUGGAAUAAGAUUAGCUUGAGUUAUGCUAUUCAGUCGGGGACACGAUCAGAUGUCAUUGCCCAGAUAUGGAUCGCGUUGGCUACAUGGGACAUGGUGAGUCCAUUGACAUUCGUUGACCGCAGUAAUGACUUCUCCAAUGCUGACUUGAAAUUUAGUUUCUUUCAAAGAGAACAUGGAGAUGGUCAUCCCUUUGAUGGCCCCGGUAAGGUAUUGGCUCACGCUUUUUAUCCACCUAAUGGUGAGAUUCAUUUUGAUGCAGACGAAAAUUUGGUGGUCGGGGAAGUGCCCGAUGGAAUAGACAUUUCUAGUUUGGCGCUACAUGAACUAGGCCACGCUAUUGGACUUGUGCAUAGUAACAUUGAAUCUUCUAUCAUGUGGCCAUAUAUGUCACCGGGUAUUGUAAAAGGUCUACAUAUCGAUGAUGUUCACGCAAUAAGGGCAUUGUACCCUUUAUAA